GAAAUGAAAUUGGCUAUUGUUUUAUGUGCUUGUCUUUGGCUUACGAAUGCCUGUGAGAAAUCUUCGACAAAGAUAUCAGACGGCCGAGGACCUAUAAGAUACCCGUCUUACAAAAGAUCAUUGAAAGAUGAAGAAGUAAAAAUACAAUGGGAUGGUUAUCACUAUCACAUUAAGCUAGAUGAUUCUUGUAGCUUCCAUACCUACGACACAGAUCGUGACGGUACAAUCAGCCGAGAGGAACUAUUUGAUAUUCUCGGUAGCCAUGAAGUAACCGAAGCAUUGUUCAAGGAUCUAGACGUCAUGAAAGGUGAUGGAGCGAUAACGCCCGUGGAAUUCGAAGCCGCAGUCUCUCACAUGAUAUCCGGAUGUUAACAGCUCACAAAUGAACGUGAGCUUAGAUGAAUUAAAGUUUUUUUCAGAUUGAAGUGUUUCAUAUACACAUUUUCCUUUAUUAUACGUAAAAGAUAUAGAGGAUAUUUGUUUGUUUUGCACGUGAUAUCGAUAUAUAUUUCACUGAUGAUCGUAAUAAACUUCAUGAAACUUGUCUAUA